CAGUUGUAUCGCAUCUUCAACGGUGGCAGAUUUCGAUACUGUUCCGGCUUCAGGUGGACAUGUGGUACACCACGGAUGCUUGUUAUGUUAACGGCGAGUGAUUUUUCAUCAAUUGUUGGUGGCCUUUCUGAUCCAUUCAAUACAUCGGUGCGAUUGAAAGUGCUGAUAUAUGUAUCAGGUUUCAAUCCAAUUGGUGGCAGAGGGGGUCGUUUAUAUGGGUCCAUGUUGCUUGCGGAAUUUUGUCGAGCUUGAAGCUGAGCUUGCUUGUCAGCUGGUGUGGUACAGCAGAAACAUUUUCUCCACGAAAAUCCUCCAUCGUAG